AUGUCACAUUGUGUCACGUCAUUACGCGUUAGUGACAAACAUCACAAACGUGACACAACCGCUCACGCGUCGUCCGACAAGGGCAUGUCCGACGAUUCACUAGACUUGGGAGGCCUGGGUCCGACGACUCCAGCAGCAAACUCAAGGAUGGCUCGUGCGGCGCAGGGUCGGAGUGCGGUAGCAGGCCCGUCAAGACCAAUAUCCAAGGCAGGUAGACAGAAGAAGGAUGCGACACCAAGCUCGUCCGGUGAUGAGGGCCAUCCCGUCGUGGUUCCUGAUGACGAUGACACCGACGACAAUGACGGAGAAGAGUCGGUGACAGAGGUGGUUGCCCGCAAACCCCAGACAGCGCGAAGGGGUAGAAAACCUGGCAUAAACGGUAUGCCUCGUGUGAAGAGAAAAGGAAAAGCCAAGGCCGCAUCGCCCAAAAUGACGCAACCGUUAUUUCCUGAAGUACUUGACGAUUCGGAGGACGACCGCGCGGUGCAGGUGGCUGCCGUGACAAAUAGCGCGAUCGAUGGCAAUUCGGGCAGCGAAAUGAAACGUCUUCGUCGUGAACUAGUUGAGACCAGAGACAGCGCCAACAAGUAUUCUAAACAAUUGGAAGAGCUCUUCGCGAUCAGACAUACGGAACCAGAGCGUUUACUAGUUGAGUAUCGGAAACAAUCUGACUCCAAGAUGGAAGCCCAGGACGCGAUAAUCAGGGAGCUGACAUCUAACCUGGCGAAGAAAGAACCAUUAAUGAGGGAAGGCAAGACGUCUAUGCUACACCUUAUGACACGUGAAGCUGUGGACGAAGAGAAGGAAACAUUGGAACGUGAUGUUCAGAGAUACAAAGGGAGGGUAGAGGUGUGCGACAGGGAUUUGAAGGAGAAGGAUAAGAGAAUCCUUGAACAAGACCAGACCAUCAAGGACCUCCGGAUAGAACUCCAGGCAGAAAUUGACCGAGCGAACGCCCUCGCGAAAGAUCCACGUCGUCCGCCUGGAUCAGCUCAACGAAGCAGAGGCCAGACUAUCCUGGGCGCGCAAGAACCAAAGCACGGGGCAACCAUACAGUUCUACGAGGAUGUAACCAACCUUCUCAUCACCAAUGUCAGAAAUGAGAAGUGUAGCAAGCGUGACAAAGAAGAGGAUUGGAUCUUGACGUGCAUAUAUACCUACGUUGACGAAGAUUCGCCUGGAGAUCCGGACUCCAACGGCAAAAGCCUCAAUUUCAAUCUUCGCUUAUGUCAUGAACUCGCCGAAGGCAAUGAAUACGCAGAUGCUGUACUGUAUUCCCCGCUCGAGUUGGACAAGGAACCCGAAGAUUUCGUCCAGCAACUAGACUUCUUGUCGGGUCCGUUCACUUUCCCGCGGCGACAGUUGCCAGUCUUUAUACGCACAAUCAAUAAUACCAUAGGGAAGACGAUGCAAGAGGAAGGAGAGGAAGAAGGCGAGGGUGAGGCAGCGGAAGACGAUGACGUUCAAAUGGUUGAGUAG